AUGGCUCCAGUCCCAAUCGAUGAGUUCUCCGGCAUUCCAGCUGUAUCAAUCAAAGUUCGGGACGUCACAGGCGACACCGUACUAGAGAGCCCACCUUCGUUGGUCAUCAACGAGGUUGUCGCUCGUGCCGACUCAACCACUACCUCUGAUUCUACCACCACUACUACCGCCGCCGCUUCCACCACCACCGCCACAACCGACACUUCUGCUUCUACCUCUACAUCCAGUUCUACGACCAGUUCCAAAUAUGGACACGGCUCCAUCAAUCCAAAUAGCAUCCACUCAUCCGGACUACUCGCCCUUUUUGCUCUUCUUGGAGCAGCAUUUGUCUUGGCCGGAAUUUGGUUCUUCUUCUGGGCUAAGAAUGGAGGCUUUGUCUGGCGCAAACACGACUGGGACGACUACAAGUCGACGGUUCUACGUCGCAAAGGACCCGAUGGAAAAACCCUCAGUAAUGCCACUAAGAGUACCAGGCUUGGUGGAGGCAGUAUUGUGGGUAAGGGAUACAGUGAUAACGGCUACACAUACACGGAUUACGACCAAUACACUCAGACGGCGUCAACAGUGAUGACAGAGGAUAAGCCAAGGCGCAAGCGCAAGCUCAAGGAGAAGCUUUGGCGUCGUGGCAAGGAUGAGCGAUGGGAGGGCGAGGGAGACGAUGAUGUCCGCGCAUACCGCGAGGAGAAGCCCGCGAAGAUUGGUGGUAUGAACCGCGAGGCAGAUGGAACCUACCACGGCAGUGACUACGACUCCUCCGCACCACCAACCCACUACAACCGCAGUGAAACGAGCGAGGUCCGUGACUACGCUUAUGAGCAGCCUCGUCGUGCCAAAACCAAGAAAUCCCGCGAUCCCUCCGGAUUCUCCUUCACUGCUGGCAGCGAAGAUGUACUCAGCCAAACCACCGAGGAAUCUCAAUUGCGUGAUCCCUCCGCUCGUCGUGAAGCCCGUCGUGAAAACCGUCGCCGUGAGCGCCGCCAAAGUGCCGCUCCAACUUCCGUCCCCUCGUCUCGCACCAGCAGUCCCCGCAAGAAGGAUCGUCGCUCAGCCCAAGGUCACUUCACCGAGCCGCUGGAUUUCUCGUCUUCUGGGACUCGAUCCGAGUACCAGUAUUCCAAUGUGGAUACUGAGGAUUCCAACGGUACCAAGAGUUAUCACCAUCCAAUUCCCGGCUUAACUAAGGGCUACCGCCGCGACGAUCGUCGUGAGGGUCGACGUAGCCGCCGUCGGGACAGUCUGAGUGAUAGUGAUGGCGACGAGACCCGAUACUCUUGA